CAAGGACACUCACCUCCCACACCUCCGCCAAGAAAUACUUGAAAUAAGCCGCGAUGCGACGCUGAUGAAAACCCCCCCCCCCACAGUCCCCAACAAGCUGUCUGGGGCCCUGUUAAGCGCAUCUUGUGCCGGGGAGGGGGGUUGAGGCGUCAGCCCUUCCCAAAAAUGGCCCCAUGGCCCAAACCGCCCAGUUCAGAAUGGAAGACUCCGUCCCUCGUCUCUGGCUUUUCGGUCGUCGCGAUGGAAACCGAAGGGUCAGGUGUGAUGUUGGACUUCGCGCCUUCCCCCCUCAUUGGGAUAUUGGGGCUGGCUGGAAGGCUAGUCAGAGUCUCCUUCUUUAACGUUGCUCUUUCUCUACUUUUGAUCAUAUGGACUGACUCAACUUUUUCCCCCUAUUUUUUCUUACCCCAACCGUUCAUGAUACUGUUUUCGAGCCAGGGCAGAACUUCGGGAGCCUAGAGAAGCAGUUGAUGGUUUCUCUCGACCAAUUACACCAAGGGCAAGCUCAGUUGUUGUCUCGCUACCUACGGAGAGACGACAGCCCAUCGACAGUCUUCAGCUGCCGCCCGGGAUCAAGCCAAGCAACUGCAGUCGCCUCUCAGCUCGUUGGCUUGGGUCUCAUCCAUUCAUUUCUAUAGGUAGUCAGGGGAUCUCAAAGUCAAUAACCACUCAUUUUCUUUCCUAAUCCUCCUUUCGUUCAUCUCCUCAAAUUUUCCGAAUCCUCUCGGGUCGGGAUCUUUGCCCUUGACGUCGCGAUCUAUAGCACACUGGACAUUAGAAUUAUUAGCCGCCGAUGGAUUACCUAUACGCGCCGCAUCCACUGGCGCGGCCGCCGCUGCACUCUGCGCCUUCGACAGGCUCCUUCAGCCGAAUAUCGACUGUCUCGGACCUCACAGAGUUCGACAACGUUCAACCACGCCCGUCGCUGGUCUCUCUUCAGUCAGAUUACGACAAUGGUGGAUCGAAUCAUCAAGGUUAUGACGCCAAAAGAGAAAGCGGACAUGUCUACACGGGAGCCCAGACCGGCUGGUCUGCGCUAGUAAACUUGCCAAGUUUAGGAGGGGGAGGCGCCAGAAAUAGCAGCUACGAGCCAGUGCAGGGGCAGUUCUCGGAACACUCAUCACUAACCCAACAUCAAACUCCACCAUUCGAGCGCACCAGACAUAGCCAAGGCCGCUCUUUUGCCGUCCGCGCUGCUCAUCUGAACCGACGGCAUGAUGCGAUUCCGGAAGAGGAUGGCAUCGAUCUCGGCCUCAUCCAGUCCGCCGCGCCCCUAGGCGGCAGCCCGGCUCCAGCUCCAGUCCCCUACCUACGCGUGGAGCCUGUCUUCGAUGUCAGUGCAGCCUUGGGUCCGUCGACUGACGCGGACGACAAGUUCAUCAGGUCUCUACAAGAACAGGAAGCCCGGGGCAAACUCACUGGUGGCUUGGGUGCUGGAAUUCGCACAGAUGCCGUCGUGACCGAAUCGGCUCUGCUGGCUACAAGUCCCAUCUCUGACCGAGGCUCCUCUAUGCGACGCUCGUUCACGCGAGCUGCUGCACGUCUAAGCCGGCAUGACACCGUCAAGCAGUUGGCGCAGCAGGAGGCAAACAAAAGAGGGAAAGUGAUCGAGGUGGUGAUGGACGACGAUGUUGUUAGCAAUUUGGGAAAGUAUGACUUGAGCGUCGUGGCUGGACCAAACGGGGGAUCAAAGAGUCCGUAUGGGCAAAUGCGGCAGACGACGUUUCCUACGAUGAAGAGGACGGAAAAGCAUGUGUUCUACCCCACGCCUGACUGGAAGCCCUUCUCCAUGAGAUGGCCAUAUCUGGUGUCCCUCAUUAUUGUUUCCAUCGUGGCGGCCGGCGGCGUGGAAGUCCUUUACCAAAGAUCAGCCAAGCAGCCAUUGGUGGUCUUCAAGUCACCCACCGAUAUUACACCCACGGCGUAUUUCUGCGUAAAAUUCCUGCCGACGCUCAUUGCCGUCACGUAUGGUGUGCUUUGGCAGAUCACCAACUUCCAAGUGAUGCGCCUAGAGGCUUUCUAUCAGCUCUCAAAGGAGGACGGUUCCCUCGCAGCAGAGUCCAUCAACGUGGACUACUUCAGCUUCUUCAACCUCUUCCGACCUAUUCGUGCCCUUCAUUACAAACACUAUGCGGUAGCGGUUUCUACCAUAGCGAGUCUUCUCGCCAAUGCGCUGGUUCCGACCCUCUGCUCCGCCUGCAUCGUCCUCUCACCCGACCGCGACACUCGCCUCCGGAACCCAAACGACGAGAAGCGCAUUUCCAUCCACGCCGUCUGGCCACGCAUCCUCACCCUCACACUCGUCACAAUUGCCGUAUUUGGCUGCGUUCUCUUCUACCAACUCCAAAGCCGUCGUUCCGGCCUCCUCGCCGACAUCAAGGGCAUCGCCGGUCUCGCUUCCAUGGCCACCGUCAGUCAUAUCCUCAUGGACUUCAAAGACAUGGACGUGGCCACGCACAAGGACAUCCACAACAAGCUUAAGAACCACCGCUACGUUCUGCGCAACUCAGCCCUUGCGCCCGCCGACGAAGUCUACAAUAAACCGCUGUCGAAAAAGGAACAAGACCGCGAGCGCUACACAGGCAGCCACCUCGACGAGAACCCGCACCCGCUCUCCCUGCGUGCUGCGGGCGCCAUCCCUUUUAUCACCUUCAUCACCCUCUUCUCCGUCCUGAUCCCCUGCGUUCUCUUCACUCCCGCCAAUGUCCUGGCCGACCGCGCGCCCUGGGUGAUCACUGCCCUAGCCGUCUGCCUCAAGCUCAGCUGGGGCGCCAUGGAAAAUGACGUGCGCAUGAUGGAGCCGUACUACAUCCUCUCUACAAAGCGGCACGCGCCUCCUAAGACACUGACGCUCGACUACAGGUCCAUGCCCUUCGGCGGGUGGGUCGCGCUUAAUGGGGCCAUGAACGGACACUGGCUAGUGAGCUUCGUCGGGUUUGGUAGCGUUAUGGCGGAGUUUUUGACGGUGUUGGCUACGAGCUUGGCAAGCGUCGAGGGGAGGGUGUUUGUAAAGGCCACGAAGGAAGCGUUGUUGGCUGAGUUCAUCGAGGCUGGGGACGACGAGAAUGGUACAAACUCAAUCAACGCGUGGCAGGAAACGCCGCUUUCCUUUUGGAUCUCACUGUGUUUGGCGGACUUUGUUCUGCUUUACAUGGGAGUGAUGGCAACUAUUGUGUUCGUCCGGCGGCGCCGUGUGUUCUUGCCGCGGCAGCCGAACACCAUUGCGAGUGUGUUGGCAUAUAUCCACCAAAGCAAAAUGUUGUACGAUUUUGUGGGGACAAAUAAGCUGAGUAAUGCCGAAAUGGUGAGGAAGCUGGAGGACCAUGUGGGCAAGACUUAUGGGCUGGGAUGGUUCCAGGGACGAGAUGGGCAAAUUCAUUGUGGUGUGGAUGAAGAGGAGUUGUUGACGGGGUAUAGGAGGGGGAUGGAUUAUUCGAAGGCCACAAAGCCGUGGGCGGAGGGAGUGGAGUGGUUGUAAUUCAUUUUGGUGUUUGGGCUUUGGCCUUUCAGCGGCAAUUGAAUAGUGAGACUGUUAUGAUGAUAACGGUGAUGAUGCGUCUUGGGUUCAUAAGGGGCUUUUUGGACAUACAUUCCUGAUAUUAAUAACAUUGGGUAUACAGACAUUCCGUACUACCCUCUAGAAAUCCCAUCACGAGGCCGAAGUACCUCCCGCUCGUGUCAAGACCCCU